GUAUGACAGAGAAUAUGUUUUGAGAUCGUCAGUCGUGCAAAAAAUCGCAAAUAAAUUGGUUCAAUUCGCGUGCCAUUGAACAAAAUUUAAAUCAAAACAACCAAGUUCCUUCCGAAGCAAAAGGUCCGUCGUCGUCGUCGUCGCCGUUGAUUGUUGAUUUUCUCGCCUGUAAAUAAUAAAAAAAAAAUCACGAGCAUUAAACUACGUCGAAGUGAGGAAUUGUGUAAUCGAGAAGUGUGGCGGAAUGUUUUUGCGGCGCAGUAGAGCAAUCUCCAAUUACCUGAAUGUGCUUUCGGGGCGUCAGAAUUUCUAUUCGACCGCAGCGUGUAACAGCACAAAAAACUCAAGUAGCUCAAGUUCCGUCGCCAACGAGACAGAAUUCAAUGAAACGGAGUGUGUGAAGCGUCUGAAAGCCAAAUUUGACGAUGAAAUUCGUGACAACGGGAUAAUUCCGCCUUUUAAGCGAGCUUUGUUGUAUGGCUCGAAAAUUGCUGUGAAAGAUCCGAAAGGCGAAACUUCAUUUUCUCGCUUAUUUUUGGGCGCCAAGAAGUUGGGCAUCAAAAUUUCCAACAUUUGUGGCGCCGGAUCGGGAUCGCGAGUGUGUUUCUUGUGCCCGAACGACGCGCAAUAUGUCAUCGCUCAAUGGGCAAGUUGGUUCAGUGGUCAAAUAGCAGUUCCUUUAUCGCCCCGUCAUCCCGUCGAGCUGCUCGAAUAUUACAUUCAGGAUUGCGAUGCCUCGUUACUGAUCUGUUCCGCCGAGUUGGAGCACAUUUUGCAGCCAAUCGCGACGAAAUUCAACAAACCCAUAAUUUUCAUCGAUCGCACAGACAUUCCCGAGAUGUCGGAAGGCGUCACGAGUUUACUUGACCCGAAAGCGGAAAAUAUCGUCAAUGACUUGAAGAUCGAUGGGGCGCUGGAUUCCAAAUUUUACGCAAAUUCCAAAGCGAUGAUUUUGUACACUUCCGGUACCACGGGACGUCCCAAGGGAGUUGUCAUGACGCAUCAAAAUGUCAGUGCGCAAAUUAAUUCCAUCGGAAAUGCCUGGCACAUCGACGAUAAAGACACAAUUUUGCAUGUUUUGCCGUUGCAUCACUUCCAUGGCGUCGUAAAUGGGCUAAUUUGUCCGCUGAAUGUCGGCAGUAAACUCAUAAUGUUGCCGCAAUUUGAUAGCAGUGCGGUUUGGAGUUACUUGUUGAACGUGAAUAUGCCGAUGCGCGAUAGAAUUUCCGUUUUUAUGGCAGUUCCGACGAUUUAUAGCUUGCUUAUUCAGGAGUACGACAAAAUUUUCAGCCAAAAUUCGCAAAUGACGGAAUAUAUCAAGUCGCAUUGCAAGAAUAAGAUUCGUUUGAUGAUUUCGGGAUCGGCGCCGUUGCCGGAAACUGUGUUUAAUAAGUGGUUGGAGAUCACGGGGCAUAAGUUGCUUGAAAGAUAUGGCAUGACAGAAAUUGGCAUGGCUUUAAGCAACCCAUACAUUCAAGACAAACAACGUGAACGCAGACCCGGAACUGUCGGAAAUCCUCUUCCCUUCGUCGAAGUCAAAAUCACUGAAGCAGGAAACCCCAAAAAUACUUUGAUUCAACGUAAAGGCGAACGAGGCAAGGGAUUUUGGAACAAAAUUGAUACUCCAUUGUUCAAUGAAAAACCACAAAACGAACCUACAGAAGCAAUUUCGGGAGAUUUGUACAUUCGCGGGCCGACAGUUUUUGCAGAAUAUUGGAAUAAACCCGAAGAGACAAAGAAAGAAUUUAUCGAUGGUUGGUUCAAGACGGGAGACACAGCGGGAUAUGAAAAUGGUUAUUUUAAGAUUUUGGGCAGAUCGAGUGUCGAUAUCAUCAAAACGGGAGGAUUUAAAUUGUCAGCAUUGGAAAUUGAGUCAAAGCUCUUGGAGCAUCCAAAGAUUUUAGAUGUUGCAGUUGUGCCAUUACCCGAUGAAACCUGGGGCAGUAAAGUCGCAGCAUUGAUUGUCCUGCGAAAUCCCGACGACACUUUAGACAUGAAUGAAUUCAAGGAAUGGGGAAGUAGCAAAUUGCCAAGCUAUGCAUUUCCCACAGUGAUCAAAAUCACAAAUAAUUUACCCAAAAAUGCCAUGGGUAAAGUCAACAAGCGAGAUCUAAUCAAAGAAGCCUUCUCAGCGCCUCCCGCAGCCGAAACAAAAACCUAAAAGAGGAAUAAAAAAUUGGAGUGAAUCGGAAGUGACUUGAUAAGACUGACUCAUGGACAUAAAAAAAAGCAACACGCGCACUUUAAAAGGACCGCAAAAGAAAAGAAAAAUCAUUGUCAUGUUCAUUAACGUUAGAAAAUAUGCUUUACCUUCAAAAUUUUGUCUAAUUCUAAACACUCUCUCUUCACAUUUUUUUUUAUCAUUAACGAUAGACGCAUAUCCGUGUAUUAUUCUCAUCGCAUUUAAAAAUAACUUACGAAAACAAUUCAUUCGCAAAUUCUCUCGUCAACGUCGUCGGCGCCGCACGUGUUAUCAAUAAAUAAAUAUUUACUAAAAAGUAGGAACUUAAGAAAUUAAUUUGUUGCAUAGAUGAAAAGGAAUGAUGAAAAAUAAAGAAAUAUUUUAUCUAAUUAAA